AUGGCUAUUCUCCCCCCCACAGCGCUCUUGCUCGCAGCGGCGCAGAUGAUCCUCCCGUUCGUCAGCGGGAUCCCCAACUGUCCGUACCCGGGUCCCGUAUUCCCGAAGCCCACCAACCUCGCGUCGUCCGAGGUGAUGAAGGCCGCAGUCGCAGACCUAACCGCGAUCUUCGACGCGCGGGGCACGGACCCAGCCAACAACCCGAACGGCACAUCCUGGUCCAUCCAGGUGUUCUCUGCCUCGGACGCCGACGACGGCGGAGAUCCCGUCUGGAGCCACUACCACACGGCGACGGACCUGCUAUCGGCCACCACGCCGGGCGUAAAGAGCGUGGACGGCGACACGGUGUACCGGAUCGGUAGCGUCACUAAGAUCUUCACCAUCCUGACCUUCUUGAGCGAGGCGGGCGAUAUAUACUGGAACACGCCUGUGACGCAGUGGGUGCCUGAGCUCGAGCUGCUGGCGGGGAAGGCCCAGUACGACCCCAUCAUGAACGUGGACUGGGACCAGAUCACGCUGCAGGAUCUGGCGAGCCAUAUGGCGGGUAUCGUAAGAGAUUAUGCUCUUCAGGGGGAAUUGACACAGGAGCACAACCAAACUGUCCUGCGAGCCCAGGGAUUCCCCUCGGCACCUGGGAACAUGACACCAACAUGCGGCGAGUUUCUCAAAUGUACACGCGCGCAAUUCUUCACCGGCCUAGCGAACGUUCCCCCGUCCUUUCAACCCUCCUGGACGACGGGUUACUCGAACAUGGGGUACCAGAUCCUCGCGUACGCGCUCGAGGCGAUCGCGCAGAAGAAGUUCGGCACGAUGCUGCAGCAGAACGUCAUCGACAAGCUGGGCCUCAACCGCACCUUCUACCAGAAGCCGGCCGACGACUCGAUUGGCAUCAUCCCGCAGGGCAACGAGGCCGGGUGGUCGUGGAGUAUUGGUGAGGGUAGUCCAACCGGCAACAUGUACUCCUCGGCCUCGGACCUGUCGCGCCUGGGCCGCGGCAUCCUGCGACACACGCUGCUGCCGGCCGCGCAGACGCGGCGGUGGCUGAAGCCCGUCGGCCUCACCGCCGACAUCCACGAGGGCGUCAGCUCGCCGUGGGGCAUCCGGCGCAUCCCGCUGGCGGACGGCAGCCGCGUCGUCGACGCGUACUCGAAGGCGGGGUCCAUAAACCUGUACAUGUCCCUGCUGGUCCUGCUGCCCGACUACGACGCGGGCAUCUCGGUGCUGCUGGCGGGCGCGUGGCCGGGCAACGCGAACUGGGACAUCGCCGACGCCGUCGGCUCCGUGCUGGUCCCGGCGCUGGAGGAGGCGGCGCGCGCGCAGGCCGACGCCACGUACGCGGGCACUUACAGCGACGCCGACGCCAACAACAACAGCACGCUGGUCCUGACGACCGACCGCGCGCGCCCCGGCCUCGGCGUCGAGCGCUGGACGAGCAACGGGACGGACAUGAUCGCCGUCGCGGUGCGGUACACCCUAAACUACAACGUGACGGCGCCCGCGAUCCGGCUGUACCCGACCGGCCUCGAGUCCGAGCCGUCCGCCGAGGACGGGACGCGGAAGGUGGCGUUCAAGGCCGUGGUAGAGAACCUGGACCUGGCGGACCACGCGAACGACAUGUUCUCGACGAACUGCGGCACGUGGGUGAGCCAGACGAGCGCGGUGUACGCGGACAUGCCGCUGGACCAGUUCGUCUUCACGGUCGAUGGGGCAGGGGCAGGGGCAGGGGCAGGGGGGAGGGCGGUCGGCGUGGAGCCGUUGGCGCUGCGGUCGACGUUGGUGAAGAGCUAGCCUAGGUACCUAGCUAUCGCAAGAUAUACCCUAUUGUUUAUUAUUUAGGUACAAUACCUACGUGGUAGAGUACUGGCGACCUAGGCACGUGGGCACGUAGGCAGGUAUUGAUACCUAAUUAAUAAUCCUCUCCACCCCCUUUUUCUUUAAAUCGUCCGCUGCCAUGGAUGGAUACCUAGCAAGAAUUGUAUUUUCUAUUUGCGUAGGUAGGUUAGAUACUUAGGUUAGUAAUACUCGACGUCUCUGACCUUGAUUUAGUUGCAUCCUAUAAUCCCGUUCAUGUGCCGAUGAAUCCUGCUUGUCAAAUUAAUAGCGGAUAAGU